AUGGAUAUUAAUAGUUUAAUUAAUAUUAAUAACAUUGUAAUUGAAAAGAGUAACAUAAAUAACUAUAACAAUAUUUUUCUUUUUAGUGAAUAUAACCCACCUAUUAAUCAAAACAACUCAAAUUAUAUUUCAAAUUUUUCAUUGUCACCACCAGAUGUAUUUGAAAAUAAAAACCAAAUUCAGUUAGAAAAAGAAGAAAACAUCAAUGAUGAAAACAGUAGCAAUAACGAUGAUUCAGAUUUUCAAGAUUGUAUGGAUAGUGCAGAUAGUUUAGUGGAUAAUGAAGAUAGCGAUAUAGAUGUAGCUUCACCUCCAUUAAUCAAAAAGCAACCUAUGUCGUAUAAAUUUAGAGAUAGAAGUGGCCAGAAAUAUAGUACAAGAGUGCUCUUUAGCUUAUAUGAGCAAAAAGGAGAAAGAUUUUAUUGUUUAUGUUACGAUGACAAAACUAUGAAAAGGUGCAAAAAAAGUUUAAAAAAUGAAAAUAAAAUCAGAGAGCAUAUUAGAAAUCCAAAGACUUGCCAUAUAAAAAAUUUAGAAGAAGCUUAUAAAUUAAAUUUCGAAUUAAAUAAUGAAGAUAAAGAAAACCUUUUAGCUCAAGAGAACAAAACUGCAUUACGUGGAGAAAAAAAAUGUAUAUGUGAACACCUUGGUUGUAAUCGUAUCGAAUCAGUAAAGCAUAGCUCAAGACACUAUAAUAAUUUAAGUCUCCACCAUGUAGGUCGUCUUCAAGAACAAAAAAACUGUAAAAAAUGUAAACAAGUUUUGGAAAAUCAAAAAGUAAAAGAAAAAAAAUAA